AUGAUAGUAAACGGUGCAUCUGAUAAAGUUUUGUGUCGUUGUUUCCCAUCUUAUUUAGACGGUCCUGCACUUGAUUGGUUUUGUUCUUUGCCUGCAGGUUCCAUUUCUCGAUUCCGAGACAUAUCAAAACCUUUUGAGGAGCACUUUGCUGGAUCCGCCAUCCACCUCCACGACUCCGAUUACCCGAACACAAUCAAGCAGGGCCAGCACGAAAGCCUCAAGGACUACAUGACGCGCUUCACAAAGAUAGCCAUAGGCAUACCCGACCUCCACCCCGAGGUAGAACUACACGCCAUAAAAAGUGGAUUGAGACCAGGAAAGUUCCAGGAAACUAUUGCUGUGGCCAAACCAAAAACUAUGGCCGAAUUCCGUGAAAAAGCUAAGGGACAGAUUGACAUCGAAGAACUCCGACAAGCUCGGAAAAUAGAAAAGCCUCACUAUAAAGACGACGACAAGCCACGGGACAACAAGAAGAAUUUUAAACCAAUCCUACGAUAUGAGACCUACACCAAAUUCAACACCAAACGCGAUGACAUCAUCAAGGAGAUCUUGAAUUCGAAGUUAAUCAAGCCACCACGAAAAGCUGGUAAUUACCCAGAUUCAAAAGGCACUGACCAAUCAAAAUACUGCUCUUUCCACCAGAAACACGGACACAAUACCGACGACUGCGUCAUUGCUAAAGACCUGCUGGAGCGAUUAGCUCGGCAAGGUCAUCUGGACAAAUUCAUCAGCGGCCAAAUGCAUCGGCGAGCACCCGCUCCGGGGGACCAUAGCUCGGCUACACAACAUAACCGGGACAGAGACCGGCCGAACAAUCACCAACCCGAACUACCAACACGUAUAAUUAACUGUAUUUCCGGAGGUUUUGCAGGUGGAGGAGCCACGAGUUCGGCAAGGAAAAGGUCUUACCGAGCUAUCCUUUCCAUCAACGCCAACCAAAAUCAACAACAGUCGCCACCUACAUCUCCACAGAUAACAUUCCAGACAGCCGAUCAUAAUAACACCAUAACAAAUCUGGAUGAUCCAGUCGUUAUCUCCCUACAGCUCGGAGAUCUCCUCAUUAAAAAAGUGUUGCUCGACCCAGGCAGCAGCGCCGACGUUCUCUUUUACUCGACCUUCCAAAAAAUGAAACUGAGCGAUAACAUCAUCCGACCUUCCACUGGUGACUUGGUAGGAUUCUCAGGUGAGCGAGUCCCAGUUAUGGGCUCUGUGUGGUUGCAAACCACACUCGAUAAAUUCCCUUUAUCGAAAACUUCAGACAUUCAAUUCUUAGUUGUCGAUUGCUUCAGUCCCUAUAAUAUUAUACUUGGCCGACCUUUCUUAAAUAGGUUCGGCGCUAUAGUAUCUACAAUUCAUCUUUGCGUUAAGUUCCCUUUGCAGGACAACACAAUAGCAACCAUUCAUAGUGAUGCCCAAGAGGCCAGGGAGUGCUACAACAAUAGCCUCAAAAGACCUCACCGUCACACUAAAGCCCAGGUCCACAAUAUCGGCAACACAAACAACCAACACAUGCUGGCCGACCUUGAUCCUCGAGCAGGAACACUGGAAAGGCCGACUCCAACAGAAGACCUAGAUAAAAUCUAUUUCACAGAAAGCAUGGAUUAG